AAAAAAAAGUUUCUUGCAUCUAUUUAUUGCAGCGAGGGUCUUGCAAAAACGUUGGGCUACUCUUCUGUAGCAGAUCACCGGCUUGCUAAUAAAAUGGCAGCCUCACCCGAAACUGUUCGGAACUUUCUAAACGCGCUUACUCGUCGAAUACGACCAGUUUUCAUUGACCGAAUGGAGUCAUGGUCGGCAUACGCGCAGAUUAAGGAAAUGAUGUCAGGAGACCUCCAGGCCCACGACCUAGCUUACAUAUGUAGGAGAGAAGCUAAACUACACUACGAUGUGGAUCCUCUUGACCUAAUGAAUCAUUUCCCGUUCUGGCCUACCUUCCAAAAUCUAACGCAGAUUAUCGGACAUAUAUUUGGACUUAAGUUCAAGGACAUCACUGAAACUGGACUAGAACGUGCCCAUCAAGACGCCAAAAUAUUUUCUGUGAAAGAUACCAGCACUGGCGAACAUCUGGGGCGCCUUUACAUAGAUCCUUAUGAUAGAGAAAGUAAGCGAGGUGGAUGGAAUACUCUUCUAGGUCGAAUGGAGUGUCGGACAAGAGGCUUAGACAAACUGGUUUAUCUCGUAGGAUCGGCUAUAGCUCCCACAGAAAAUGCACCGUCUUUAUUACACCAUCAACAGCUACAACAACUACUUUUCCAUGUGGGUCGUGCUGUGCAAAUGUUGCUUUCACGAUCACCAUAUAGGGAUAUCGCAAUCCCCUGGUCUCCUUUCUACGCCAGCGAUUGGGACGCUAUGGACAUGUUUCCCGCCUUUUUACAGUUCUUCGUUUACAAGCCAUCAUUGCUUCAAUCACUUAGCUCACCACAUUUGAAGAAUGGUUCGACUAUCUCCGACGAACAUGCAAACAAUGUCUGUUUGGCGUUGUCAAGGGCAACUCUUUGGGAAUCUUAUCGUUCACUUUUCUGGGCAGAUUUUGAUCUCACCAUAUUCGAAAUGGAAGACAGAAAGCAAAAAUUCUGGUUGGAUCUGUAUCGGGAAAUGUCUAAGGAAUAUUUCCCUUUCAAAGCUGAUAGGAAUGACUACCAUCCGUGCUCGUUUAUUCCAAUUUUCGGUCUGCAGCCUUAUAUGGGCAUGUAUUAUCGAAAGUUGUGGACAGAGAUGUUGGCACUGGACAUUCAUGAGACCUUUGAUUACGAAGAUGAUGUCGUCAAAACCGGUGAGCGUCUGAAAACAACCAUUCUCGCGCGAGGAUCAGGAGAUGUAGCGAAAGAACUCUAUCGAAGAUUCCAGGGUCGCGAUCCCAGUGUUGGUGCUAUAUGUGAUUUUUACGAUCCGCCAUCGUUCUACCACUUAGAUAAUGAGUCGGCUCUCGGACGUUGA